UACAUGUCAGAUGUUAAUGCUAGAAUACGGUUUAUUAUUUGUAUCACAGGGAUAUACAUAUACACUGUGGGUUAGAAAAGAAGUGGUUAAGGUGUUGGAAAGACGUUGCAAAUACGCUCAUCAAAUUUUUGGAAAUAAAACAUGUAUGCUCUUGAAGAUGAUCAAUAUGAUGAUGAGGAUGCCGAAGAGAUUUCAUCAAAACUUUGGCAAGAAGCAUGCUGGAUUGUUAUUAAUGCUUAUUUUGAUGAGAAAGGUCUUGUACGACAACAACUUGACAGUUUUGAUGAAUUCAUUGAAAUGUCUGUUCAAAGAAUUGUUGAAGAUUCACCCCAAAUUGAUUUACAAGCAGAGGCACAACAUACUUCUGGUGAAAUAGAAAAUCCAGUUAGACAUUUAUUGAAAUUUGAGCAGAUUUACUUAUCUAAACCUACUCAUUGGGAGAAAGAUGGUGCUCCAUCUCCUAUGAUGCCUAAUGAGGCAAGACUUCGAAAUUUAACAUAUUCAGCACCAUUGUAUGUUGAUAUAACUAAAACAAUUGUAAAAGAUGGAGAAGAUCCUAUUGAAACACAGCAUCAGAAAACAUUUAUAGGAAAAAUUCCAAUUAUGUUGAGGUCAAAAUAUUGUUUACUUGCUGGUUUAUCUGAUCGUGACUUAACAGAAUUAAACGAAUGUCCAUUAGACCCUGGAGGUUAUUUUAUUAUUAAUGGAUCAGAAAAAGUACUUAUUGCACAGGAAAAGAUGGCAACAAAUACAGUUUAUGUUUUCAGUAUGAAAGAUGGUAAAUAUGCGUAUAAAUCAGAAAUUAGAUCUUGCUUAGAACAUAGUUCACGUCCCACAUCUACAUUGUGGAUUAACAUGAUGGCAAAAAGUGGGGCUAGUAUCAAAAAAUCUGCCAUAGGACAACGUAUUAUCGCAAUUAUACCAUAUAUUAAACAAGAAAUUCCUAUUAUGAUUGUGUUUAGAGCACUUGGAUUUGUAGCUGAUCGUGAUAUUUUAGAACAUAUCAUAUAUGAUUUUGAUGAUCCUGAAAUGAUGGAAAUGGUGAAACCUUCUUUAGAUGAAGCUUUUGUAAUACAAGAACAAAACGUUGCUUUGAAUUUCAUUGGUACUAGAGGUGCAAGACCUGGAGUAACAAAAGAAAAACGUAUUAAAUAUGCCAGGGAAAUAUUACAGAAAGAAAUGCUUCCACAUGUAGGCAUAAGUGAUUUCUGUGAAACUAAAAAAGCAUACUUCCUUGGUUAUAUGGUACAUAGAUUACUCUCAGCAUCUCUUGGCAGAAGGGAAUUAGAUGAUCGAGAUCACUACGGCAAUAAAAGAUUGGAUUUAGCCGGUCCACUAUUGGCAUUUUUAUUUAGAGGAUUAUUUAAAAAUUUGAUGAAAGAAGUGCGAUUGUAUGCACAGAAAUUUAUAGACAGAGGGAAGGACUUCAACCUUGAGCUUGCUAUAAAAACUAAAAUUAUUACAGAUGGUUUAAGAUAUUCACUUGCAACAGGUAAUUGGGGAGAUCAAAAGAAAGCUCAUCAAGCUAGAGCUGGUGUAUCACAAGUAUUAAACAGAUUGACAUUUGCAUCAACACUAUCUCAUUUAAGGAGAGUAAAUUCUCCAAUUGGAAGAGACGGAAAACUAGCUAAACCUCGUCAGUUACAUAAUACCCUAUGGGGUAUGCUAUGUCCAGCAGAAACCCCUGAAGGUGCUGCUGUAGGUUUGGUAAAAAAUUUGGCAUUAAUGGCUUAUAUCAGUGUUGGAUCUCAACCUUCUCCGAUUCUUGAAUUCUUGGAAGAAUGGUCUAUGGAAAAUUUAGAAGAAAUUGCACCAAGUGCAAUAGCUGAUGCAACAAAAAUAUUUGUAAAUGGUUGUUGGGUUGGUAUUCAUAGAGAUCCAGAUCAGUUAAUGGCUACUUUGCGUAAAUUGAGAAGGCAGAUGGACAUCAUUGUAUCUGAAGUGUCUAUGAUCAGAGAUAUUAGAGAUCGUGAAAUCAGGAUAUAUACAGAUGCAGGAAGAAUUAGUAGGCCUUUAUUAAUUGUAGAAGGGCAAAACCUUUUGUUAAAGAAAAGACAUAUUGAUAUGUUGAAGGAAAGAGAUUACAAUAAUGAUGGAUGGCAAGAAUUAGUUGGUAGUGGUGUUGUUGAGUAUAUUGAUACUUUAGAAGAAGAAACUGUUAUGAUUGCUAUGUCACCUGAGGAUCUGAGACAGGAAAAAGAAUAUGCUUAUUGUACAACAUAUACACAUUGUGAAAUUCAUCCAGCAAUGAUUUUGGGAGUCUGUGCAUCGAUCAUUCCAUUCCCUGAUCAUAAUCAGAGUCCAAGAAAUACUUACCAAAGUGCUAUGGGUAAACAAGCUAUGGGAGUAUACAUUACAAAUUUCCAUGUUCGAAUGGAUACCUUGGCACAUGUGCUAUAUUAUCCUCAUAAACCUUUAGUUACAACAAGAUCCAUGGAAUACCUUAGAUUUCGUGAAUUACCGGCUGGAAUUAAUAGUAUAGUUGCUAUAUUGUGUUACACCGGUUACAAUCAAGAAGACAGUGUUAUUUUGAAUGCUAGUGCUGUUGAAAGAGGAUUCUUCCGAUCUGUAUUUUAUAGAUCUUACAAAGAUUCUGAAUCUAAGCGAAUCGGCGAUCAAGAAGAACAAUUUGAAAAACCUACACGACAGACGUGUCAAGGGAUGCGUAACGCUAUUUAUGAUAAAUUGGAUGAUGAUGGAAUUAUUGCUCCUGGAAUUCGAGUAUCUGGAGAUGAUGUAGUUAUAGGUAAAACUAUUACUCUGCCAGAAGCUGAUGAUGAGUUGGAUAGUACAACAAAACGCUUUACAAAACGGGAUGCUUCAACCUUCUUACGUAACAGUGAAACUGGUAUAGUAGAUCAAGUGAUGUUGACUUUAAAUAGUGAAGGAUAUAAAUUCUGUAAAAUACGAGUACGUAGCGUUCGUAUACCACAAAUUGGUGAUAAGUUCGCUUCACGUCACGGACAAAAGGGUACUUGUGGAAUUCAGUAUAGACAAGAAGAUAUGCCAUUUUCAUGCGAAGGACUUACACCAGACAUAAUAAUUAAUCCUCACGCUAUUCCAUCACGUAUGACCAUUGGUCACUUGAUUGAAUGUAUCCAGGGAAAAGUGUCAGCUAAUAAAGGUGAAAUUGGUGAUGCUACGCCGUUUAAUGAUGCUGUAAAUGUACAAAAAAUUUCUACACUUUUGCAAGAAUAUGGAUAUCAACUAAGAGGAAAUGAAGUUAUGUACAAUGGCCACACGGGCCGCAAGAUAAACGCUCAAGUAUUUUUAGGUCCAACUUAUUAUCAGCGUUUGAAGCACAUGGUAGACGAUAAAAUUCACAGCAGAGCUCGAGGUCCGGUACAAAUUUUAGUCAGACAGCCUAUGGAAGGUAGAGCAAGAGAUGGUGGUUUGCGAUUUGGUGAAAUGGAACGUGAUUGCCAGAUUUCCCAUGGAGCUGCACAAUUUUUAAGAGAACGUUUAUUUGAAGUCUCAGAUCCGUAUCGGAUACACAUAUGUAAUUUCUGUGGUUUAAUUGCAAUAGCAAAUUUAAGAAAUAAUACAUUUGAAUGUAAGGGAUGUAAAAACAAAACACAAAUUUCUCAAGUUAGAUUACCGUAUGCAGCCAAGUUACUUUUCCAAGAACUUAUGGCAAUGAAUAUCGCACCUCGAUUAAUGGUAGCAUAAAUAUUGAUAUAUUUAUUAUCCUAGUAUUACGUACUUUAUAUUUUAACAUCGUAAUCGAAUAAACGGGUUUAAUAUAAUAAACAUUAAACUUUGUAUCGACAUAAUUCAUACGACUUGUAUAAUACGUUUUAUUUAAAAUUGUAAAAAGAAAAGUAUAUUACCCUAUAUAUCGAACAUAUGGGCAUGUAAAAUAAGUCAGUUUAAUUUAGCAAUAACUCUUAUAUUUUGGAAAACACAUUUAUUUGAAAAUAUUAAAUACAUACAUACAUACUAAAACUUGUACAAUGUGAUUGUAACUUAUUAAAAUUUUAAAUUACA